AUGCAUCACAUCACCUCCUCGCCGCCUCAGCUGCGCACUCUACAGCCCGCCGCCCUGCACUCUUUCCAGCACUCCCAAGACGACCGCGAUGCCGCCCACGCCUUUGCCGCCGCCGCCGCCGCCGCCUCGGGCUCCUACUCCGUGAAUCCCGAAGAUGAGGCCGUCCUCUUCCAGCAGCCCGCCUUUCUGAAUGCUGUGCCCGGUCGGCCAAUUCGUUCGCAAAGGGACCAGCUGCCGCCCGCCAUAGCCGACCUGCAGCCACAGCACCUCUCGCCCCACCAGUCGAAUGCCCCCCUCUUCCACUUCGCCCCGCCUCAGGACUCGCAUUUUGCUGCUGCUUCCGCUGGCCAGACUCACCCCCAUGCUCGCGUUCAAGUCCGAGUGCCUGCGCCGACAGCCGACACUCAAGAUGGCGAGCCCGCGCCGGCGUCCGAUGGCAAGACCGAAGGGCUGAAGCUUGUGCUGGAUCCUCCGCGCUUGGAGCAGUGGAGAGAGCGCCUCUUCCACGUCCAUGAGACGAUUGUGAUGACUGAGGAUCAAUAUCAGACCUACUGGCCACACGUAGACAACAUCUACUCGCAUCGGUCAACCCAGCGCUACAAGCGCAAACCAUUCGUUUCGCACUACUGGGACUGCCGUCUGAAGGGUCGCCCGCCAGGCACUCCCAAGUCGGAGGACCCCAGCAAGAAAAAGCGCAAGCGCAUAGCUCGUGAACGUGACCUCUGCGAUGUCAAGAUCAAGAUUACCGAGUACGAGCCUGGCUCAGCGACGCCAGACAAUGCUGGCCCGUUGACUGAACUCCCCGUCCCCGAAGCUGCCCUUCCUCCUGGUGCCCCAGCCUCCAAUGCACCUGGACAUCUGCAAUGGCCCAUGUCCGCUUUGCACCUGACACAGCCCGCACCGCCUGAUCCGUACAACCAGAAAAUCUACACCAUCCAACGUGUGAACGGCAACGGAGCGAAUGGCAAGGGUGACGGCAAUCCGGGCCCACACAAGCAUGACCUGGAGGAGAGUGACAGGAUUAAAAAGAGCACUGCCAUCAGGCGCACGUUGAAGAACGAGAAGGAGAGGAAGAAGCAGCAGCACCCGGUAAGUUGUAUUUCCGAUCUGGGAUCGACGUUGGACCCUGGCAUGACGCCCCACGUGGAGACCCCGGCUAUGGCGUCAUCCUUUCCUGACAUCAACAUCACGUCCCCAACGUCAACAUUUUCCCCCGCCCAUCACAACCAUAUGUCUUUGCUUGCGCAGACUUCGCCCGGCGUUGCCACCAAGCUUGCUCUGCGACAUAGCCUAGUCUCCUGUUUACCUCCAUCUCUCAGGCCUGCGCUUUCAUACCAGCGCGUGAUAUCCCCUCUACUCCACCAUCCUCCUGCCCGCAGCCCAUUCACCACCAGUUCCCGCCUCCUCGGCAACAUGUCUGACAAGCAACAGCAAACUGAUGCGAAGAAGACGUAUCAUACAAACGCAACCGGCAAUGCGCUGAACACAGUCAAGAAGCAUGCAGCAGAGAAUGAGCUGAAGUUGUUCGGCAGCUGCUUCUGCCCCUUUGUCCAGCGUGUGUGGAUAUCUCUGGUCUACAAAGACAUCCCGUACCAGUAUGUCGAAGUGGACCCCUACAAGAAGCCUCAGUCACUGCUGGAAAUCAAUCCCCGUGGUCUUGUUCCUGCUUUGCGGCACGGCGAUUGGGGCUGCUACGAGAGCACUGUCUUGAUGGAAUAUCUCGAAGACCUCGGUAUGGGCCGUCCUCUAAUGCCUUCUGACCCCAAGCUUCGUGCGAACUGCAGACUGUGGAGCGACCAUAUCAACCGGCACUUCAUCCCAGGCUUCUACCGCUUCCUGCAAGAACAGGACGCGGAAAAGCAAGUCAAGUAUGCAGAAGAACUCAAAGCAGAAAUUGGUAAACUGGUUGAAGCUGCGGAUGAAGAAGGUCCCUUCUUCCUCGGCAAGGAGCUGUCUUUUGUCGAUGUGCAGAUGGCGCCUUGGGUGAUCCGGCUCAACAGGGUGCUGAAGCCUUAUCGCUCAUGGCCCGAGCCAGACGCAGGAAGUCGGUGGGGGAAGUGGAUGGAGGCCAUCGAGAACGACCCUCACGUGCAGGCGACGACCAGCACGGAUAGUCUAUAUCUUGACAGUUACGAGCGAUACGCCGAGAAUCGGCCCAACACGUCGCAGCUUGCGAAUGCAGUGAACUCUGGGCGCGGCCUUCCUUGA